CGGAGCCGGCUCCUCCGCCACCACCACCGCCGCCACCAGCACGGCGGGGCUCGCCGCCUUCCCCCCAGCAGGUGGCAGCGGGGUCCCGGUGCCAUCGAGCCAUUGCGGGCCGCCCUUCGCAGCCGGCGGGGGAGGCGGCGGCGGCGCUGCCCGGCAUCGCCCCGGGCUCGUCCGUCCUCCCCCCCCCCCCUUCUCGCCGCACCCCGCUUUCCCCUCAAAGUUUGGGGCGGCCUGGGAGGGCGGGCGGCUCCUUAGGGGGCCGGAGCCAACUUGUCCCGGCUGCCUUUAUUUGCAGUUGGAGCCGAAAUCUGCCAGGCUGCGUUUAUUUUGCUGAUUAAAGAGACGGACCUUGGUCUCGCCUGCUGCUCCCCGCUGCGCGGCCGCCCUGCUCGCUCCUCUCAUCCCCUUUCUCCUUCCCUUUCUUCCUCCUGGCCGCACCAUGGAGUUUACCGAGAGGAAGAGAAGCAGGAAAUCCCAAAGCUUUAAACUGAUAAAUCAAGAUUACCAUCAUGAGAUAUAUAAGAUCUCUGACUACAGCAAUGAUGUUAAUGGGGAGACCAAAGAAACACAACCCGUUUUUUUAGGAGAUGAAAGCCGGGAAAUUAAAAAACAAAUUACAGGGAUGAGAAGAUUACUGAAUGACAGCACUGGAAGAAUCUAUCAGCGAGUUGGCAAAGAAGGAGAAAAACUGAAGGAGGAGCCCCAGGAUUUAGACUUAGCCUGGGCCCAGCGCCUGAAUCCCCCUGCAGAGUCCCAAGCAAGCCUUCAUCCUUCCCAGAGCGGUGCAUGGAACGAAUUAUCCCCCCAAGCCAGCCAUUUUUCAGGGCAAUACGGAACUCGAUCCAAAACGUUCCAAAAUCAAACGCGAGCUGUGACAUCCAAUGGAGAAAUCCCAAUGGUGAAUUCAUCAAUUGGACCAAACUGCUGUACGUGCAAUUGCCAGUCGACUCUACAGGCUAUUCUUCAAGAGCUCAAGACCAUGAGGAAAUUAAUGCAGAUUCAAGCAGUUGGAACUCAAAACAGACAGCAGCCUCCUGUUCCUCUGAUUUGUGCGCAAAAGUCGACAAUAUCAAGAAAGAGAAAUAAAAAGAAAAAACUACCCCUCAAAACUGUUGAACCAAUUACCAUGAAUAAGAAAACCAGCACUGCAGAGAAUGAAAAGAAGCUGUCAGCAAACUCUGAAAUAUCAAAUCUGCAAGCAGUUGAACCCCCCCUAAAUUCAGAAACCCCUGUUUCAGGAUUUGGAAUUAUCCUUGAAUCAACUUCAUCAGAUCCAGAAGUGCAACUUGCAGAAGGCUUUGACGUCUUCAUGCCGAAAUCUCAGCUGGACUCUAUAUUAUCAAACUAUACUCGCUCAGGAAGUCUGCUCUUUAGGAAGCUGGUCUGUGCAUUUUUUGAUGACAAGACUUUGGCUAACUCUUUACCAAAUGGCAAAAGGAAAAGAGGGCUCAAUGACAACCGAAAAGGACUAGACCAAAACAUUGUGGGUGCAAUAAAAGUCUUCACAGAAAAAUACUGCACUGCUAACCACGUGGAUAAACUUCCUGGUCCUAGGGACUGGGUCCAGAUUCUUCAGGAUCAAAUUAAACUGGCAAGAAGACGAUUAAAAAGAGGCUCAGGGCCACUUCCAUCUCUGGUCCUUUCUUGGGAUGGCAGAAUCGAAGCAGAGGAUAUUCUUUCAGAGGCAACUGACUGUGAUGAGAAGCCGGACAUUUCUUUACUACAGACAGGUAACCUUUUCGACACCACAACGGAUAAUCUGAUCGAUGCACACCCAGAUUUUUCUGUUUAACCUUCACGCCGGUGGCGGUAGCGGUUAUAAAACAUCCUCUCCUUUGAGUAACGUUCCUGCAAGAUCGGCGCGAGAACUUCAGCCUCCUGCGGGACGUGGACGUCCGUACAGCUUUCCCUUCAAGUUUGUGUUGUUCCACGCGCUUUCCAUGUACCCUCGAGUAACACAACCACCGGUUCUCAUCUUAAUUAAAGAUGAUUUCCCUCCAUAUCUAAUACGUUAUUUAAUUAGGAUGGUAGCCACUCUACCUGAAGACGUUCUCUUGCCUUUGUUUUUGCCUUUGCCAUUGUCUUUUCCCACACGAUUGCGUGCUUGUGUUUCAUCUUAAGCUAUGCAGAGGUGGGUGAACACAGCUGGAUGACUCUUCCCCUCCGUGGGGACCGUGGUGGCAUCUCUCCUUCCCGAACCCAGGGGGCUCGAUGAGCAUUUGACUGGUAGAAAUGUCCUGCUCUUGUUCUUCUGCAGACCCACUUUUCCUUUCCUGGCUGCUGUUUCUCUGUUUAGAGACCCGUAGUACAAAUGGCCAGUCGUACACUGCUGUAAUUAAAAAGUCCUGGCUGGAUCUAGCAGGAAAAAGAGCAGGAUUCCUACCAGCAGUGCCCAUUUCUGCACACGUAGCAGGGAGAAGCUGUUCCUCGAGCAAGCUGGAGUUGCUCUAUGUUGUCCUCUCG